CUGGCCGGCCGGGCGGGCGCCGAGAGCGGCUGGAGUUUCCGCAGCCCGGAGCGAGAUGCCGCCGCGGCUGCGGCUCCUUGCAGAUUUCUAACCAGCAUAAUGCUGGAACAAGAGUGUGGCAGCCUGCAGCUUUCAAAAUGGCGGACUUGGACACGGACUUGGACCACAUCAUCCCGUCUUCUGUUCUUCCUACCUUCUGGGCUAAGUUAGUAGUAGGGUUUGUUUCCCUUGUGUGUUUUGCACAUAGCUAUGAUGGAGAUUUUGUAUUUGACGACUCUGAAGCUAUUGUUAACAAUAAGGACCUCCAAGCAGAAACGCCUCUUGGUGACCUGUGGCAUCAUGACUUCUGGGGCAGUAAACUGAGCAGCAACACCAGCCACAAGUCCUACCGACCUCUCACUGUCCUGACUUUCAGAAUUAACUACUAUUUGUCAGGAGGCUUCCACCCAGUGGGUUUUCACGUGGUCAACAUCCUUCUGCAUGGUGGCGUUUCUGUCCUCAUGGUGGAUGUCUUCUCCGUGUUGUUCGGUGGCCUGCAAUACACCAGUAAAGGACGGAGGUUAAACCUGGCCCCCCGAGCAUCCCUGCUAGCUGCGCUACUGUUUGCCGUACAUCCUGUGCACACCGAGUGUGUCGCUGGUGUUGUUGGCCGUGCGGAUCUCCUGUGUGCCCUCUUCUUUUUGCUGUCUUUCCUUGGCUACUGUAAGGCAUUCAGAGAAAGUAGUAAGGAGGGAACGCAUUCUUCUACCUCCUGGGUGUUGCUGAGUAUUCUUUUGGGAGCAGUGGCCAUGCUGUGCAAAGAACAAGGCAUCACCGUGCUGGGUUUGAAUGCAGUAUUUGACAUCCUGGUGAUAGGCAAAUUAAAUAUUCUGGAAAUCAUCCAGAAGAUACUACAUAAAGACAGGUCAUUAGAGAAUUUUGGCGUGCUCAGGAACGGGGGCCUCCUCUUCAGAAUGACUCUCCUGGCCUUGGGGGGAGCAGUCAUGCUCUACGUACGUUGGAAAAUCAUGGGCACAGGCCCACCGGCGUUUACAGAGGUGGACAACCCGGCCUCGUUUGCCGACAGUGUCUUGGUCAGGGCUAUAAACUAUAAUUACUACUAUUCAUUGAAUGCAUGGCUGCUGCUAUGUCCCUGGUGGUUGUGUUUUGAUUGGUCCAUGGGCUGCAUCCCCCUCAUUAAGUCAGUCAGUGACUGGAGAAUAAUUGCACUAGCAGCCCUCUGGUUCUGCCUAAUUGGCCUAAUAUGCCAAGCCCUCUGCUCUGAAGACAGCCACAAGAGAAGGGUCCUUACACUGGGCCUGGGAUUUCUCGUUAUCCCAUUUCUUCCUGCAAGUAACCUAUUCUUCCGAGUGGGGUUUGUGGUUGCAGAGCGAGUUCUCUACCUCCCCAGUGUUGGGUACUGCAUGUUGCUGACGUUUGGCUUUGGAGCGCUGAGUAAACAUACUAAGAAAAAGAAACUCAUUGCUGCUCUCGUACUGGGAAUUGUAUUCAUAAAUAUGCUGAGAUGCGUGGUUCGUUGCAGCGAGUGGCGGAGCGAAGAACAGCUUUUUAGAAGUGCCCUGUCUGUGUGUCCUCUCAAUGCUAAGGUUCACUACAAUGUUGGCAAAAACCUGGCUGAUAAUGGCAACCAAACGGCUGCCAUCCGCUAUUACAGGGAAGCUGUAAGAUUAAAUCCCAAGUAUGUUCAUGCCAUGAAUAAUCUUGGAAACAUCUUAAAAGAGCGGAAUGAGCUACAGGAAGCCGAGGAGCUGCUGUCUUUGGCUGUACAAAUACAACCAGACUUCGCUGCUGCAUGGAUGAAUUUAGGCAUAGUGCAGAACAGCCUGAAGCAGUUCGAAGCAGCCGAACAAAGUUACUGGACAGCCAUUAAACACAGACGAAAAUACCCCGAUUGUUACUACAACCUCGGGCGUUUGUAUGCAGACCUCAACCGCCACAUGGAUGCCUUGAACGCAUGGAGAAACGCCACCGUGCUGAAACCAGGGCACAGUCUGGCUUGGAACAACAUGAUUAUACUCCUUGAUAAUACAGGUAAUUUAGCCCAAGCUGAGGCAGUUGGAAGAGAGGCGCUGGAAUUAAUACCUAACGAUCACUCUCUUAUGUUCUCGUUGGCAAACGUGCUGGGUAAAUCCCAGAAAUACAAGGAGUCUGAAGCUUUAUUCCUCAAGGCAAUUAAAGCUAAUCCAAACACUGCAAGUUACCAUGGUAAUUUGGCUGUGCUUUAUCAUCGUUGGGGACAUCUAGACUUGGCCAAAAAACACUAUGAAAUCUCUCUGCAACUUGACCCCAGUGCACCAGGAACUAAGGAGAAUUACAGUCUUCUAAGAAGAAAGCUAGAGCAAUUGCAAAAAAAAGACGUCUGAUCCUUUUUCCUUCUUUUUUUAAAAAUUCGUGCGUGUGCAUGCAUGAGCCAUAUCAUCGAUAUUACCUGGUUACACUUAACCAUUUAAAAGGUGUAGACAUGUUGUUGCUUACCUUAUUGUCUUUUUUUCUAUGAAAAAAAACACACGCAAAAAGAUUAUAGCACCAGCAAUAUACUCUUGAAUGCUUGAUGUGGUUUUUGCAUUGAAAUUGUGUUUUUUCAGACAACUCAAGCGUAAAUUCUAAAACUCCAAGAAUGAAGCCUUUUUUAGUUAAAAAGAAAAAGAACUUUAUCUUGAGCGGCUUUUAGUAAAAUUCAACCUGCGUUUGGGAUGUGAGCAUUGUUGCGUAUAGACAGCGCUAUUAACCUUCUGUUGUAACCCAGAAAUGACAAACGGACUUUGACAAUUUAUAGGAAUGUCAAAUGUGUCUGUAUAUCAGAAUGUUUAUUUAAUGACCAGAAAGCAUAAAUUAAGAUUUUGUUCUAAUUCCUUUUUUAAAACAACAUACUAUGAGCUUCGUUUGUAAGGAAAUAUUUGUAUUUUGAGGUUUUGCACAGAGCAAAUAAUUGAAUGAAGGGGGAAAAUUUCAACAUCUAGAAUAUCUGUAUACUUUUUUCCUCUUUUAGAAGAAGUUGACUCCUGCGAUAUUUUUUGGCUUCUCCAACUUGUGCAGUCUCGGUAUAUGGGAAAUUAUAUAGUGUUCUACAUAAACUGUCGCUGUCAAUGGCAAAUUCAAGUCCUGCCUUAGGCAAAAGCAGGCUGCCUGACGUUUUAGUGUUUGUUGUAUCCAGCAUUAAAAGGGCUACACUUCCAUGCGAGUUGCUUUGUAAUGCUUUCAACUGUAAACCAGUUUUCCAUUUUCCUUAAAAGGACUGCAGAAAUUAUUAUAUAUCCACAAAAUGCAAGAAGUAAAAUUCCUCUCAAAAGGUGCCACAUUUGGGGAAUUUGUGGUAUUUUUAAGAAUUGGAUUAUUUUCUUAGGACCAUGAUAGUCAUGUUUUUUUGUUUUGUCCUUCCAUAGAUGCUGUUCACCUAAUGGUUUAUGCAAUCUCUGUAAUUUCUUAUGCAGUAAAAUUAUUACACAA